AUCUAAUCCUUGCUAGAUUGUUAAGUGAGUUUUUUGUUGAAGAUGGUGAAGAGGUUGAGCCCAGAUCAAAACUUAGAUUAAUUGUACCAAAUAGCUCUUGUGGUGGAAUAAUUGGGAAGGGUGGCUCCACAAUAAAGAUCCGUCCACAGGGAAGAUGAUUUGCAGUGCUGAGGAGAAGGAUUGACUCUAUUGGGUAUUGGACAACAAGGCUUUUCUUAGUCAGUUGACUCAUAGUUUUUCUUUUUCAGUUAGUUUGAAUUCAGAAAUUUUGUUAUGGCAUAAACGUCUUGAUCAUCCUAGUUUUCAGUAUUUGAAACAUUUGUUCCUUGAUUUAUUCAUCAAUAAAGCUAAUUUAGAGCUCAGGUGUGACCAUUGCAUUCUUGCCAAACAAACUGACGGGUCCUAUUCUCAAAAAGCAUAUAAUCCUUCCAAACCAUUUCAUUUGAUCCAUAGUGAUAUAUGGGGUCCAGCUAGGGUUUCAAACUUGAAUGGUACCAGAUGGUUUGUGAUAUUCAUUGAUGAUCACACAAGGGUAUGUUGGGUGUAUCUAAUGAAAGAAAAAUCUGAGGUAUGUGCGAUCUUUCAGAAUUUCCAUAAGCUUGUUCUAAACGUAUUUCAGUUUUCUAUUUGCAUCCUUAGGAUUAAUGGCUAAGAAUAUUUCUCUUAUCCAUUUACCCAAUACCUCACUAUGAAUGGAAUAUUUCAUCAAAGCACAUGCCUCUACACUCCCCAACAAAAUGGGGUAGCUGAGAGAAAAAACCGUCAUUUACUUGAAGUGGCUAGAUCCUUGAUGUUCACAAGUUCCGCUCCUAAUAGGUAUUGGGGGGAGGCAAUUCUAACAGCUGCUUACUUGAUUAAUAGGAUCCCAACCAAAGUUCUAAAAUACCAAACACCCUUGAACAACUUGAUGACUACCUUUCCUUAUGUUCGGAUUCUCAAUACUCUUACCCCAAAGGUGUUUGGAUGUGUGGUCUAUAUCUAUCAAACCAGCCCAAAUCGUCACAAACUAGAACCAAAGUCAUUCAAGUGUAUUUUCAUUGGUUACUCUCCUACUCAAAAAGGAUAUAAAUGUUAUUGUCCUACAUCACAAAAAUUCUUUGUUUCUUGUGAUGUAAUAUUUGAUGAAACAGUCUUUUAUCACACUGGUACUGCAUCACCAGUGGAAGAAAGCCAUUGGGAUCCCACAAUUUCAAUACCUAUCAUACUGCCUAUAUCUCCCACUACUACUUAUGAUAAUCCUGCAGUUGUUUGUUCACAGCCUGCAAUGAGUGAACCCAGAAAUAUUCAACCAUCAGCUGCUACAAGCCUAAUAUCUGCUCACAGCCCAGAUGAACUAGGGGAGACUGACCUAAGGGAAGAAUUGAGUUCGGAAAAACAACUUAAAGUGUACUCAAGAAAGCCAAAAAAUCCUGCUCCUCAAAUCAGCCAGUUGUUGGAACCUGAGAUUGGUUCAAAAAAUGAGGAAAAAAGUACCGCAACUAGCGGUGAUCUGGAUCUACCUAUUGCAGUCAUAAAAGGAGUAAGAUCUUGUGUGAAAUAUCCCAUAUCAAAUUAUCUAAAUUACUCUAAAUUAUCCCCAUAGUUUAGGGCAUUCACUGUAACUAUGGAUGAAGCUUCUAUUCCCAGCAAUAUACAUGAAGCUUUGGGUGAUACAAACUGGAAGAAUGCUGUGAUGGAAGAAAUGAAGGCUUUGGAUAGCAACAAUACAUGGGAACUGGUAGACAGAUUGAAGAAUAAAAAGAUUGUAGGCUACAAAUGGGUAUUUACUGUCAAAUAUAAAUCAGAUGGGAGUAUAGAUCGUUAUAAAGCCAGGUUGGUAGCCCAAGGGUACUCUCAAACCUAUGGAAUAGAUUAUGAAGAGACGUUUGCUCCGGUUGCAAAGUUAAAUUCCAUUAGAAUAUUUCUAUCCAUUGUUGUUAAUUUAGAUUGGGAGUUAUUUCAGUUCGACAUUAUGAAUGCUUUUCUAAAUGGAGAGCUGGAAGAAGAGGUAUAUAUGAAGAUUCCACCUGGAUUUGAAAACGAAGAAAGAAUUGGGAAGGUAUGCAAACUACACAAAUCUCUCUACGGUUUGAAACAAUCCCCUAGAGCAUGGUUCAAAAGGUUUAGCUCAACCUUAACCAAAUUUGGUUACAAGCAAGGUGAGACCGGCCAUACUCUGUUUAUUAAACACUCAAAUGGGAAAAGGUGCAUAUUGAUUGUGUACGUUGAUGAUAUAAUUGUUACAGGGGAUGAUACUAAUGAAAUUGCAACUCUAAAACAAAGAUUGAAAGAAGAGUUUGUGGUAAAAGAUUUGGGAAAUAUGAAGUAUUUUUUGGGAAUGGAAGUAGCAAGAAGUAAAGAAGGUAUUGUAAUAUCUCAACGAAAAUAUACUCUUGAUCUUCAAAAAGAUACAGGAAUGUUUGCAUGUAAACCAAGACAAAUUCCACUUGAGAGGAAUUGGAAAUAUAUGAAGAAGGAUGAUGAUCCACCAGUAGACAAAGAAAUGUAUCAAAGGUGAAUUGAGAGAUUGAUUUAUCUGUCUUUAACACGCCCAGAUAUAGCCUAUUCAGUAAGCAUCAUAAGUCAAUUAUGCAUGCCCCAACUCAACAACAUUUGAAAGCUAUAUACCACAUUCUGGGAUACCUAAAGGGCACACUAGGUAAGGGACUGUUGUUUAGAAAGAUUGAUGAAAGAGGGGCAGGAGGAUUUUCUGAUAUAGAUUGGGCAGGAUUAGUGGCUGAUAGUCGAUCUACAUCAGGUUUUUGUACAAAGCUAUGGGAUAACUUAGUCACGUGGAGAAGCAAGAAACAGUCCGUUGUAGCAAGAAGCAGUGCUGAAGCGGAAUUUAGGGCGAUUGCCCAAGGAGUUUGCGAAUUAAUUUGGGUGGCCAGAUUGAUGGAAAAUCUACAAAUGCCAUUAACCAAACCAACACGGCUCUUCAGUGAUAGCAAGUCAGCUAUAAGCAUCGUUAACAACCUUGUACAACAUGAUAGGAUGAAACAUGUCAGAAUUGAUCGACACUUCAUCCAAAGAGAAAUAGAAGAUGGGGGAAUAAAACUUACCUAUAUUCCCACAGUAGACCAAGAGGCAGAUAUAUUAACUAAAUCCAUGGCUAGACCAGGUUUUGAAACUCUCAUCAACAAGUUAAGAAUGAGAGAUAUCUAUUCCUUAGCUUGAGGGGGGGUGUUGGAGAGAGAGUCCUAGUUUAUGAAGAAGUCAUGGAAGCAGAUAAGAAGCUGAUGUACAGUAGAUAAGCCUCCAGCAGAACAAAGAAAGGAGAUAAAGAUGCAGCUAAGAUAAGUUCCUAAAAUCCAGGAAAAAUAAUAGGAGUAGAUAGAAGUUUUCUUAUCUUUUUUUCUGUUGUAUACUAGCUCCUAAAUUCUAGGAUUAGAUUACAUAGAAACUUGUAUAAGUAUGUUUCCUAUCUAUUGAAUCAAUUGAAGCGAGUUCAUUGAUAAAAAACUUGGCUUAAAUUCGGGGUUCCCUACUCUAGGGACUGAAUCUGUUCAAAAACCCUUUAUGAGAAGUGGAUAGGGCAUAAACCUAGUCUAGAACACUUGAGGGUAUUUGGGUGUAUUGCAUAUGCCCAUGUGAAACAAGGAAAGUUGGAACCUCGAGCAAAGAAAUGUAUUUUCAUUGGAUACCCAGCUAGGGUAAAGGGGUAUAAGCUAUGGAGUUUGGAACCUGAAAGCCAAAAGAUCCUCAUUACCCAAGAUGUCAUUUUUUAAUGAAAAUUCCAUAGCUAAAGGUUUGUAGGAAAAGGACAAUGAGGAGCAAUCUUCUAUAAUAGAAAUGGUAGAUAUUGAGUGGCAGGACGAAAUUCCCAGCACAAAUACUAACAACCCUCAAAGUUAUGAUUUGGAUCAUCAAGAGGACAUUGAGCAGUUAGUGGCAGACCAGGAAUUUGACCCUCAAGAAGAGAGCAGGGAUGAAUUAGAUGCUGAGAGUGAACCUAACUUGCAAAGGUAUAAUGUUGCAAGAGAUAGGCAGAAACGCAAAGUAGACCUCCUAAACGUUAUGGUUACUUAGAUCUUGUAUCCUAUGCACUUACAAGUG